CUUCCUCUCGGACAGCAAGGAUGUGAGGCUGGCGAGGUGGCUACCGCUCGCGACACCGGAGGGGGCGCGCUGCAAAGGCGGGCAGCGGAGCGAGGGGAUCGCGGGAGUGGAGUCGGACACCCUCCAGAGGGAAGAAAUGAGGUAGCGACAGUCCCCGGAGCCGACCAUGCGCGCGCCCGGCCCUCGGAGCCUCGCGUUGCCCUGGCCGAGCCAGCCUGGACCAUGAACCGGCCAAGCCCGAGUCCCCGGUGUCCUGCCGGAGCGAAGAUGCAGUGAGCCACGGCGGGACUGCUGCGCGGGGCCCGCCGCGGACAGCCGGACCCACCAACUGAGCGCACUUGGGGCAAGCAGCUGAUUCUGGGACUCUUUCAGCCGAGGGGCUCUCUGCCUCCAGCACUCCUUGGAGGUGGGGAGCAUUGGCCCCUGGGCACACUCGGCGGUUGAGUUUCCGCCGUUUGUGGCCCUAUCCCCAGGGACUGUGUGAGUGUGAGAGGAGGGCCCUUUUCAUCUUCGCCGAGGAGUUCCUGCGUAUUCUCGCACCAUCCCGGCUGCUUUUGCUGGGGCUCCCUCAUUUAUUUGCACGCGCUCAUCUCUUUUUCUAAAGAUAUUUUCCUCUCCACUCUUGCGCUGUCUUUCUCAUUUUGUUUGCCCUCGUCCUGCCCACGCUGGGGUAAAUCUAUGUGCGCCUUUUCUCCCACCUCCUACUCUAGCAGUUAAAUAUUUUCUUCUCUUUUAAAAUUCUACCCCUACCUCUUUCGGCGGGGUUCCGGAGCACUAUACACCCCUUACUCCCCCGCCCCUACUCCCUCCGACUGGGCCACUCCCAGCAGAGUUUUAUUUUUCAGUCUUGCCCGGGCCGAGCCCGGCCAGGGCGGGUGGCUCAGCCGGGCUCGCACCCGGCCCUCGGCCGCCGCCUCCCAGCUGCGCGGGGGCGCCCUCCGGAGAUGCUGCCGUGGAAGAAGCACAAGUUCGAGCUGUUGGCCGAGGCGCCGCCACGGCAGGCGUCCAAGCCCAAGGGCUACGCGGUGAGCCUGCACUACUCCGCGCUCAGCUCGCUGGCGCGGGCGUGCCCCGAAGGCGCGCUCAGCCGGGUGGGCAGCAUGUUCCGCUCGAAGCGCAAGAAGCUGCACAUCACUAGUGAGGACCCCACUUACACUGUGCUCUACUUGGGCAAUGCCACCACCAUCCAGGCGCGCGGCGACGGCUGCACCGACCUAGCGGUGGGCAAGAUCUGGAGCAAGAGCGAGGCGGGCCGUCAGGGCACCAAGAUGAAGCUGACUGUGAGUGCGCAGGGUAUCCGCAUGGUGCACGCCGAGGAGCGCGCGCUGCGCCGCCCGGGCCACCUCUACCUGCUGCACCGCGUUACCUACUGCGUGGCGGACGCGCGGCUGCCCAAGGUCUUCGCCUGGGUGUACCGGCACGAGCUCAAGCACAAGGCGGUAAUGCUGCGGUGCCACGCGGUGCUGGUGUCCAAGCCCGAGAAGGCGCAGGCUAUGGCCCUGCUGCUCUACCAGACGUCUGCCAAUGCUCUAGCGGAGUUUAAACGGCUCAAGCGGCGGGACGACGCGCGUCACCAGCAGCAGGAGCUGGUGGGCGCGCACACCAUCCCGCUAGUGCCGCUGCGCAAGCUGCUUCUGCACGGACCCUGCUGCUACAAGCCGCCGGUGGAGCGCAGCCGCAGCGCGCCCAAGCUCGGCUCCAUCACCGAGGACCUGCUUGGCGAACAGCAGGAGCAGGAGCAGGAGCUGCAGGAGGAAGAGGAAGAGGAGCACACCGAGGGCUGCCCGGAGGAGGAGAAGGAUCGAGCCAGAGAAGGAGUCACGGCUGAGCAUGAGGCCGAGGAGGAGCAGCGGGCGCUGGUGGUGACCAUGCACUUCGAAUGCGGGGACUUGCUGGACACGCUGGAGGGUGGCCGCGAGGAGGCGCUGGGGGGCGGCGGGGUCUCCCAUGGCCCUGAGGCUGGACCGCCGCCUCUGCUGCUGGGUAGCGCCUCCGACAUGAAGGCCGAACUGUCGCAGCUUAUUAACGAUCUGGGAGAGCUCAGCUUCGGCAACGACGUGCGCAGCCUACAGGCCGACUUGCGGGUGACUCGCCUGCUGUCGGGCGAGAGUACCGGCAGCGAGAGCUCCAUCGAAGGCGGGGGCCCGGACGCCACCACUGCCAGCGCUGGAGACCCGUCGGGCUCUAACGACUGCGCCAGCCUAGACGAGCUCCACUCGGGCUGAGCUCCCACCAAAGUCCAGUGCGCGCCCCUAGCGCCCCAACGUGACCCCCACCCGUCUCUCCACCACCUCCUUACCGCCCUCAUCCCCCAGGAAAGGGGAAAUGGGACACUUGAGGCCCAGACACCCGCCUCCCCUCUCUAUACAUUUGGCUCUGUUUGAAGCGGGGCCCCGAUUGCACGCGGAAAUAUGCGGAGAUGUGCAGGGGCGGGGGAACCCUACAAAGAAGGGGAAAGAGGCAGCACUCUGGGGUCGGGGGAAGGGAAGGGCCGCUGGUGUUAGCAAAGCCCGGCAGGCGUGAGGUGCCUGCCGGCCAGUUUCCUGUUUGUGGAGCAGCUGGGGCCUGAGGAGGAGGGGUUAACUUCCUCCCCGUCCCCCAGCUGGGAGCGGCCUAGCUCUGUCAUUGACAUGUCAUUUAAAAAAAGAAAUAAGAAUUUGCUCUCACAAUGUUUGAGGCUUUAAUGCCAACCUCCUAGCCCCCAAUCUUUUUGGUGCAAGAGCUUGAGUUGUUUACCUCAGAAUCAGACCCCUGAAAUUCCUGCCAAAUUCCUCAAAUAACUGUUUAGGGGGGGAGGGGGAGAAAAAAGUUGCAUUUUGUUUACAGUUAAAGACAUCUAUUAUCUUAAAAAGGAGUUUUCUUUUAGAAACACACACACCUUCCUCCUGCUCAAAAGGUCUCACUCCAUGAUACUGUGUAAAAUAUUUUUGCACUGUUGUGAAGUAUUUUUGACAUUUUUUUGUACAUAACUGUGUUCUCAGAGUUGAAUGUUUAUAUCUUUUGCUGUGCAAAAGGGACAUGUAAAAUGCUGUUCAGUUGUAUAUACAGAAAUGUGUAUAAAACAUUUUGUUAUUUUUUAAGAGUAGCACUGCUCUGGUUCUGUUUGCACGCCAGUGGGGAGAGAAUAAAGAGGAAAAUUGAACAGAA